AUGGAUCAUGAUAAUGAAAAAGCUGUAGCUGUGAGGGUUCUUAACCUCCAACGGUUUGGAGCUUCCAGGAGUUUUAUGGCUGAAUGCAAAGCCCUGAGAAACAUCCGACAUCGAAACCUUGUCAAUAUCUGGACGUUGUGCUCAAGUGUAGAUCACCUUGGCAACGAUUUUAAAGCUUUAGUUUUCGAAUUCAUGCCCAAUGGGAGUCUAGAAGAGUGGUUGCGUCCGAAAGCAUGUGAGGAUCAUCAAUCUAGAAGUCUAAGCCUCAUCCAGAGGCUGACCAUAGCCAUCGACAUUGCUUCUGCAUUGGAGUAUCUUCAUCACCUCGGGCCAACGCCAAUUGUUCAUUGUGAUCUUGAGCCCAGCAAUGUUCUUCUGGAUAAUGACUUGAUUGCUCAUGUGGGUGACUUUGGAUUAGCAAGGUUUCUCGUACAAACACAUGGUGAAUCAUCUCAGAGUUCAAGCAUCAUAGUGGGAAUCAAGGGAACCAUUGGUUACGUCCCUCCAGAGUAUGGCAUGGGCAACCAAGCAUCUGCAGCUGGGGACAUGUACAGCUAUGGAAUUCUUCUGCUAGAAAUGUUUACAGGAAACAGGCCUACAGAUGACAAAUUUAAGGAUGUCCUAAAUCUUCAUAAAUAUGUUCAAAUGGCUUUUCCAGAACAAGUUAUGAACAUCAUAGACCCUAGGUUGUUCUCAGAAGAAGGACAUGAAGAGUGUAUAGUUUCAGUAAUCAAAUAUAGCCUCCUAUGCUCAAAGGAAUCACCAGAAGAGCGAUUGGAGAUGACAGAGGUUGCAAAGAAAAUGGUGGCAAUAAGGGAUUAGUUUCUCAAGGGACUAAAUCCAUGACAAAAGUUCAAAUGAAUCAAACAGGCCCUUCUGAAUUUUCUUUUGGAACAUGUCCUUCAUUAGUAGCUGUUUCCAUGCCAUUUUUCUUUGACAAAACUUUAUAUCGUUUAUUUUAAUCUUGCCUAUUUUUUUUUUCGUGGGUGCUUUCUUGUGCCUCUUAUGCCCAUCUAUGUAUCUUUUUCAUGACCUGAAUCUGUUUAUGCUCUUAAUGAAAUUUUGAUGAGCCUUUCCUAUGGUUA